AUGACGGAAAAGACCAGCCCUGCUGCAUUGUCAAACGAGGUGACCAUUCCUUGGACACUUCCUCCUCCACCCAGAUACAUACUGACGGGCGCCAAUCUCAUUGAUCCCGUCCAAGGCAAGGUAGUGAAGAAUGCGACGGUGCAUCUUCACAACGGCCUGGUCAAGUCUGUCAAUGGCGAUCCCAGUGAAUGGGAGAGCGAUUCUUCCGCGACAAAGAUCGAUCUGGGGGGGAAAUUCGUGUGUCCUGGUUUGAUCGAUUGCCAUGUUCACCUCGUGGCGGUUCCCGGAAAGGGGGGGCUGGAAGCGGUCAAGGAUAUGAACAUGUCUGCUUCACUCUUGCGCCAACCACAGGUAUGCAGAUCCAUGUUGGAGAGGGGCUUCACCACCGUGAGGGAUUGCGGAGGCGCCUUGUAUCCGUUGAAACAGGCCAUUGAGGAGAAUGUGCAUCCAGGGCCACGACUGUUCAUUGCCGGCCACGCAUUGUCCCAGACGGGCGGUCACGGAGACAUGAGGGGGAUCUCGGAUGAACACGAAUGUUGCGGCGGAACAACGGAGGGCGUGGGGCGGGUGAUUGACGGCGUACCUGAUUGCCUCAAGUACGCCAGAGAGGAAAUUCGCCAAGGAGCAGACUUCAUCAAGAUCAUGGGUGGCGGAGGGGUGGCCAGUCCGACAGACAAGAUUGAAAACAUUCAGUUUUCAGACGAGGAAAUCCGCGCCAUUGUCACCGUCGCAACAAAUGCAGGCACUUAUGUGACCACGCAUGCCUACACGCCCAGGGCCAUUCAGCAAGCCAUCUCACAAGGCGUCAUGGGCGUCGAGCACGGCAACCUGAUUGACGAAAAGACUGCGCAACUCAUGGCCGAGAAGGGCGCCUUUCUCACACCCACCCUCAUCACCUACGCCACCAUGGGAGAAUACGACGGUUUCCUACCACCAGCCUCUGCAAAGAAAAACAAGGAGGUGUUGGACAAGGGGCUGCAAGCCAUCAAGAUUGCCGCCGAAGCCGGUGUGACCAUUUGCUUCGGAACAGAUCUACUCGGCGAGCUGCACUUUGCGCAGCCCCGAGAAUUCGGACUGCGCAGCCAGGUCCAGAGUGCGCUGCAGAUUCUGCAGAGCGCGACCAUUAAUGCGGCCCGCAUGCUCCGACAGGACAGCUUUUUGGGCCAGGUCUCCCCAGACUUUGCGGCUGAUUUGCUGAUUCUCAACAAGAACCCCCUGGAAGACAUUACCAUUCUGGACGAGCCAGACAAGCACGUGCUGGCAACAAUCAAGGCGGGACGCGUUCACGCUUCGAGGUGGUCAAAGAUGGCGACUGAUUUGCACCGACUUGAUAACAUUGCUUAG